AUGACUGAUAAUAAAUUUACUCCACCAAAAAGAUGGAUCAACUGUCCAAAGUUUGGUGACAGAGUUCCAAAUACACACUUUAUUCCAUUAAAGGCCCCAUUGGCUGAUAAAUAUUCAGAUUUAUAUGAAAAACAUCGUUUUACAUUCAGUAUUUUUCAAGAAGAACAACGUAAGCUUGGUCGCGAAAUUGAAGUUGUUAUUUCUCUCGCAAAUACAGAUGUAUUUUACUCAGUAAAUGAUCUAAAUGGAGUUAAAUGGCGCCAUAUUCCUUGCCGAGGUCACGAAACAGCACCAACAUCAGACGAAUAUGCAAAAUUUUUAGCAACUAUUGAAGAAUUCCAACAAUUACCAGAUAAUACUCUCAUUGCAGUCCAUUGUACACACGGCUUCAACAGAACUGGAUAUAUGAUAGUCCGUUAUCUUGUUGACAAGUUGCACUACACAUUACUUCAAGCUCUUCAGCUUUUUGCCUCUGUUCGUUCUCCAGGAAUUUAUAAGGUCGACUACAUCCAAGUUUUAUGUCAAAUUUACCAGGUUGAUGAAACACAAACUCUUUCCGAGCUAUUCCACGUUCCUCCAAGCGAAAUCAAAAAUAUCAAAAAGCCGAAAUGGGAAUUUCCAGAUCCCAGCACAUUACCACACUUCAGAGUUGAGAAACCCAUUGUCAACGAAACACAGACUUUAGAAAAUGUCGGAACACAUUUCAGAGAUUCAGCGAUUACAUCAGAAAUUUCAAAGAUUUGCAGUGUAAAUUAUGGCAGAUUUCCAGGCUCCAAUCCAAUCUCUAUUACAUCAGAGAACAAAAUGCAACUUACGCAAAAAAGAUAUCUUGCAACUUACAAAUCAGAUGGUGUUCGCUAUUUCCUUUACGCUUUCCACAAGAACACGUAUUUAAUUGACAGAAAGAACUCAAUUAGGAAGGUCAACGUUACUCUAGUAACAAGAAAAGGCCAACCAAUGGAAAAUACUUUACUGGAUGGCGAAUUAGUAGUUUCGAAAGGUGAUGACAAACCUCAUUUCUUGAUUUUCGAUGUACUUUGCUUUGAAGGAUUGAAUUUAACUAAUCAUACGUGGGAUUUACGAAUGGAUUAUUCGAAGAAAGGAGUUGUACCUUUCCGCAAGAUGUAUUUCAAUCGUAAUCCAGGCGCUUUUACACGCGAAGACUUCCAUAUCGAAGAAAAACUCCAGUGGGAGCUCCAAAACAUUCGUGACUUGGAAGAAUACAUUAUGACAAAAGUGACACAUGAUACCGAUGGUGCCAUUUUCACUCCACUUGAUUUAGAGUUUGUUCCCGGUAGAUGCGAUCAGAUACUGAAGAUGAAACCCAUCGAAUUGAACUCUACAGAUUUCAAAAUACAGCUCCACAAUGGAAUUUAUUACAUGUCUGUUACAAAUUACGUUAAAAAUGAUGAAAAAUUCCAGGAAAACAUUCCUAUAUCUAUAUUAGACUUCGCAGAUGGAUUGGGUGUAAAGGAUGGAGCUAUUUGCGAAGCAGUUCUCGAUUUGAAGAAGGAAGAUAUCGAAAAUGAUCCAAUAAAUUGUUGGUUUAAAGCUGGUUGGAGGCCUUUGAGAAUCAGAGAAGAUAAAGAUACUCCAAACGUAUACACAACAUUCGCUGGUGUCUUCAAGUCAAUUGAAGAUAAUAUUAACUUUGACACAAUAGCAAAAAUGUUCCCUAAAAAAUAA